AUUAUUUAGACUUUAUCAAGCAAAAAGUACCAUAUCACACACAUAAAAAAAACAAAGGGGAAAAAGUUAGAAAAGCAAAAAUGAAGGUUGUUGAAGUUCUUCACAUGAAUGGAGGAAAUGGAGACGUUAGCUAUGCAAACAAUUCUUUGGUUCAGAGAAAGGUGAUUCUCAUGACAAAGCCAAUAACUGAGGAAGCCAUAAGUGAUCUUUACUGCAGCCUCUUACCAGAAACGUUAUGCAUUGCUGAUUUGGGCUGUUCUUCUGGAGCUAACACUUUCUUGGUGGUAUCAGAGCUUGUUAAAGUCGUUGAAAAAGAACGAAAAAAACACAAACUUCAAUCUCCAGAGUUUUAUUUUCGCUUCAAUGACCUUCCUGGCAAUGAUUUUAACGUGAUUUUUCAGUCAUUGGGAGAAUUUGAACAAGAUUUGAGAAACCAAACUGGAGAAGAACUUGGUCCAUGUUUUUUUAGUGGAGUCCCUGGUUCAUUUUAUACUCGACUUUUUCCUUCAAAAAGUCUGCAUUUUGUUCACUCCAGUUAUAGUCUCAUGUGGCUAUCUCAAGUAAGUUUGAUUUUCUACAAACCAACACUAAUU